GGCGUGGACAAAAGCGGAUGUCGCACCUCGCGAGCCCGAGUGCGCUGGGGCGCUACGUCGAGGACCGGCUGCGCCAUGGGCUUGAGCCCGUGCUCGAGGCCGGCUGGAUCGUGAGCCUUCUCGCGUAUGGCCACAAGCCAGAGCGCUUCCCGGACUUUGCCGAGGCUGCGCUGCAUGCUGCGAUCCGCGUGGCCGACGGCGGCAGCUUCCCGAACGUCGCCGCGUACUUGCGCCAUGUCCACGAGGCGCAUGCGCUCACGAUGCCCAAGCGCAUGUGUGGCUACAUGUUUCAGCAGAACGACAUCUCGUGGAGCUGCCGCGACUGCGAGAUGGACGAGACGUGCGUGCAGUGCCAGUCGUGCUUUGAGGCGUCCGACCACGACGGCCACCAAGUCUUCUUCCACCGGACAUCGCCGGGCGGCAUGUGCGACUGCGGCGACACGGAGGCGUGGCAGGUGCAUGGCAUGUGUCCGGCGCACCGCGUGCAGAGCAGCGAUCUCGAGGUCGUCGAGACGCCACUCGAGCUGCCACCGCCCUUGACCGCCACGAUCGUCGAUGUGCUGCGCGAGCUCAUCGUGUACAUGGUCGACGUUGCAGGUCGCGCGACCAACAACCACGACCCGACCAAGAUCGAGGCGCGGCUCAAGCCCAAGAAGCGCAAGCACAGCGACGACGACCUCCCGACCUUGUACCACGUGCGCAUCUCCAACGACGACGUGCACACGGACCAGGACCUCACGGGGUCGCUCAUCGACAAGGGCUACUCGCUCGAGUUUGCUGAGGCGUUCACCCAAUCUGUCGACGCCGACGGCGCCGCCCUCCUCAAGGAGAAGGUCCUCCUCCCCGAAGCCCUCUCGCUCAUGCAGGCCAUGGAAGCCGAGGGCUGGCUCGCGUCCGUCGUCGACGACGACCACCUCGCACGCGAAGCCAUCGUGGUCCACCUCUUCUCGUACGUCCACGGCCUCGCGCGGCUCUCGCCGACCUUGCAGCAGUCGCUCUUUGGCCUGCUGUUUGAGCCCGUCGCCUGCAUCGAGAAGGUCUACCCCCAUGUGUCGAGUGACAUGGAGCCGAUCGUCGAGCUGCUCACCGCGACGUCGGUGCUGCCCAAGGCGAUUGUCACGGCGCUGCACUCGGCGUACUUGAACCUCAUGGGCGACCGGACGCUCAAGUGGCAGUUCGCGCUCUUCUACGUCGAAGUCUACCAGCUGGUCAUGCGCGAGUACUUUUGCGGGGUCGGGACCAAGAACGAAGCGAUGUUUGGGCUCAGCGUCCAGAUCUUCACGACGCCGUCGAUCGUGCCGCAGCUCGUCGACGACAAGGGCCUCCUCCCGAUGCUGCUGCACGUGCUCGGCGAGGGCCUUGAGCUCACCAAGGUCGAUGACGCGCUCCAGACGCCGAUGCGCGUCAUCAACCUCGACCACAUUGUUGUCCGCUUUACGCGCUACGAGCCUGUCAUCACGGACCUCGGCUUUGUACUGCUCGUGCCGUCGAUCGCGCACGCCUUCCUCGAGCACCUCGGCGCGUGGGCCCGGCUGCUUGUCGAUGCGUCGCACCUGAAUGCCCAAGUGCGAGUGCGCGAAUCUGAGGCGCACAUUGAACUCGAAGACAACAUGCCGUGGUACAACGCCCUCAUGCUCCACUUGAGUCUGGCGUCGGUCACCGAGAGCUUCUUCAAAGGCCUCCGCAUGGCCAAGCAAGGGCUCGACGAGACGACGGCGGCGCUCAUCUGGGACGGGCUCUGGCCGGCGCUGACGGCGCACGCGUCACGACGUCGCUACCACACCGUCGCCGAUCAACGGCUCGUGCAGUUUGACGUGGCGGCCGAGCCCGUGUCGCUCCACCACCCGCUGCACCAAGCGAUCGGGCUCUUCGUACUCGAGGUGCUUGCCGCUGGUACCUUUGACGUCGCCGCCUUUGCUACCGCCCGCGUCCAGAACGUCGACGAGUGGGACAGCCUCUUGGAGUACCCGCUGCGGUCGCUGGUCUUGUCGGCGCAAAUCGCGAGUCAUCUCUGGGUCCGCAACGGCCAAGAGCUCAUGACGCACGAAGCCACGAGCUACGCCGACCAGGCCUACUACUUCCCCAACUUGACAGCGCACGUGUCGUUUCGAGACGUCGACCUUGCGCUGCUGCAGUUUGGGGCUGUCGUCUUGGGGCCCCGCGCCUUCUUGGCCCGCUUCCUCGACCGGUACGGCGUCGCGUCGUACCUCGCUGGCCCGACUGUGCGCCCGUGGACGCCUGAGAAACAGACGCAGCUCGUGUCGCAGUCGCUCCUCCAUUUGCUGUGGCUGCUCACGGAGCUGCCGCCGCCGUCAACCACAGGCGCCGAGGUCGCGCUGCGGCGCAAGCUCGUGCACUUGCUCUUGUACCAACCGUGCAACUACUCGACGCUCCGCGACGAAGCGGCCAGUGUGUACGCGUACCCGGGGUACGAAGCGCUGCCCGAAGACACGCGCAACAAGCAGCUCCAGUCGGUCCUCGACGCGAUUGCCGAGAGCCCGUCGGCGGCCAUCGACAGCAUCGCGCCGGCCAAGUAUGUGCUCAAGCACGCGGUGUAUACCGAGUACGACCCGGCCUGUCUGCAUCUCAGCCCGUCCCGGCAUAUCAAGGCGCAGGAAGCGCGCCACGACGUUGUCUUCAAGAACUGGCGCGACACGCCGCUGCCGCUUGUCGCUGCGCUGCCGCUGCCGCACCCGCACAUGGCCCGCGUCCGGGACUUGGCUCUCACGCCCGACCUUCUCGCCGUGCUCCGGCACUGCUUGCGCGACGCGCACCUCGGCGCCGACGAGACAGUGCUGACGCGCGUUGUCCACUUGCUCACGCUCCAGCUGCAUGUGCUGGCCGCGUCGUCCGAGCGAGACGCGGCGACGGCGGCGCUCAUGCCCGAGCUCACGAUGGCGGCCACCCCGACUGACGAGCGCCUUGGCCUGCCUCUGCCCUCUGGCACCCAUGCACCGUGCGGCGACGGCAGCCUGGUGCAGCUCCUUGCAGCGCAUGCGACACGGCUGCGGGCCCUCGGCGAAGCGUCGCUGACGCCGCUCCUGGCGGGGAUCCUCUACGUCCUCAACGCCUAUGCGGCGAUGGACGCGGCGAUGGCGCGCUUCCUGGCUGCCGACGUCCUCCGGGUCGUCACGACACGGACGAACGGACCAUUGGACGCCAAGGCGCGGCUCGCACUGCAGAAGCACAAGCAGCAGCAGGCGAUGGCGGCGAUGCUGGCGCGGCAGUCGCAGUUCGCAACCACGCUGCUCGAGGCGGAGGACGACGUCGAGGCAGAGGCAGAGAGGCCCGACGAGACGCUCCUCGAGCAGUUGCCGCCCGAGUGCAUCAUCUGCGCGCACGCCAAGAAGGACGACCCGGUGGUAUACAUCGGCCUCGCCCAACGCAUUGGCCGACCGCAGAGUUGCGAGACGGCGAUCCACGUCCAGCUGUGUGGCCACGCUGUGCACCUCUCGUGCGUCGAGCAGUACCGGUCGACCAUCCGCCGCGACACGGACGCGUCACUGCUCUCGGCCGUCGCCUUUGACGCCGCCCACGGCGAGUUCCUCUGCCCGCUCUGCAAGGCGCUGAGCAGUACGACCGUGCCAUAUGUCCCACGCGCGCCAAGUACGUCGGGCCACGCCAUGGAAGCCUUCUUCCAAGGCGCGAGCAGCGUCGACAGCGUCCUCUUGCACCUGACCUCGCUCCCAUCGCGUCUCCGGUCGUCGCCGCUGCCCUCGCUCCCGACGCUGGCCCGUGACGCCAUGCACGCGUUUGUUGAGUCGCUGCAGAUGCCACUCACGUCGGCCGCGGCCACGGUGCUCGACACGGUCGCCGACGCGUUCGCUGCCGCCGAGACCCAAGGCCUCUCGGAUGCGCUUCUGCAUGUGGCGUAUGCCCCGGAGGCAGUCGCGGUGCACCGGCUCGGCGUCGACUUGCCGCCCGACGCGGAUGUGUGCUUGGACGCGCUCACGCCCCGGGACGACGCCAAGUUGGAGGCGCUUCGCCUCGUCUUGCAGCUGCUCCCCGCGCUUCUCCCAAGCACGUAUGCAGGCGCAGUCCCGAAUGCACUGGCGGCGGCGCUGGAAGGGUCGGCUCCGACCAGCGACGUGCUCGCUGCCCUUACCGCGCCCUUGCUGUCGCAGGACCUGUUUCGGUCGCUGCUUCUCACGUGCGCGGUCGUCCAGGACAAGGCCGAGAUGCUCUGGACGAUCCGGGCGUUCGCUGUGCUGCAAAUGGUCCAAGCGCUAGUGCAGACGACGACAGCGUGUCCUGACGCCUUGCCCCGUGAUGUGACUGUGACGUCCGUGGACGGCUGGCGCGCGUCACUGGGCCUUCCGAUCGCGGCGACUGCGCCGUCGGGCUCGAUGCUCCAAGCCGUGUUUGAGUCGACGGUCCUUGGCUUUCUGCGCAAGGCGACGCUCGUCGCCCGCGCCGUCUUCCGCGGCGCCGAUGACCCGGACGCGGGCUUGUACCUCAACUUUGUCUCGACCUUGCGCGGGUCCAGCUCGCUCCCGAGCCUCUGCCAGCAGCUCGGCGUGCCACUUCCCGCUGAUGUCUUUGGCUCCAAGGCCUUUGGCACUUGGAUCGCUCCGAUGCUCGGAGCUGCGCAGGUCCCCGCGCUGCCGCUCGUGCUCGUGCGCAGCGUGCCGUGGGUGUGGCACGUGCACAGCACGCUGCUGCCGCCAAAGUACACGGACUUGUACGCGCUUCAUAGCGGCCACCGGUGCCCGAGUACGUCGCUGCCGAUGGAGACCACCGCGCUCUGCCUGCGCUGCGGCGUUGCUGUCUGUGCCGGCAGCGACUGCUGCAAGGUCGACGGCCAAGGCGCCUGCUCACGCCACGUUGCGCACUGCGGCCAUGGCAACGGCGCGUUCUUCCUCCUCAAGGCGUGCAGUGUGCUGCUCGUGAGCGUGCAUGGGCGCGCCUGUUUCUUCACGUCGCCGUACGUCGACGAGUUUGGCGAGGAGGACAUUUACGUCAAGCGCGGCCGGCCGCUGCACCGUCGCUUCAAGCGGCUUGCGCUCCUCGUGCAGCUCGUCGCAGGGCAUGGGAUCGCGCCCGAGGUGUCCAAGGUCCGCCGAACGUCCGAUCAGUACAUCCGCACCUAUUAUUAUUAAGCACAACGCAUCGCGCAUCGUCCUCUG